GGUCACAGAAUCCCACAGGACUGAACAACAAAUUUUAAUGCCAGAAAAUUCAGAUUUCUAUGACAAGUAUUUAAAUCAGGUACAUUUUAUUACUCGGAAAGGUCAAAGCCUCUGGUCCAAAGGACAAAGGCAGCCAACUUUCAAAUGCUGUACUCCUUCAUCAAUGUUCAAAUCUUGCCUAGGGUAUACAAACAGCUUAUGGAACCCUACAGCCAGAAAACAACAAUCAGUUGAGAAGCCAACUUUUCACUUUUCCAAAUGGGACAGCAGGCUGCAAACAGAAAUUAACUUAAUUGUUUUACCUUGUGAAUUAAAAUACUUAAGCCUGGUGAGAAAACUCCUCAACCAAUUCAGACUGGCAACAGUUCAUCGAUUUAUAAGUAGCCUGGAGGCACUAGGUGUUAAGUGUUAAGGUGUUAAGCCCAGGGUCACACACACACAGCCAGUAGGUUAUGAGUUAGUAUAGAGUUGUCAACGAAAGAGAUUAAAUGACUUGCCCAGGGCCACACAGCCAGCUUGUCAGUCUGUGUUGAACUAGGUCAUCUUGACCUUAAGGUGAAUUUUCUAACCACUAAGUGAAGCAGAGAUCAACACCUUGGAACUCAAGCCCUCUUACCAAGACCACCCAACCGGUCUUGGAAAAAUAAGGAUAAAAGCCUCAAAGGUAAGUUUAUGGCGUGUAUGGGGUAAGAAAAGGCUGCUUCUUUUACAUCCGUGAGGCCGAGAUGAACCCUCUCAGCCCAUAUUUCUUAGUGUCUUAGCAUGUUAGGAGCCAAUCCUGGAUGCUCAGUCUUGUAAAAUACGGUCACGAUGCAAAUACCUUUCUUUAUUUUGCCCCCUGGCUCCGACCCACAUUAGCAAGUUAGAACUAUGGUCGCUUUAAGUAAAACCCCUAGGUUGUUCAGAGUAACACGACACCCCUCCUCCCUGCCCCCCAAGCCUCCCAGAAUUCUACUAGGCACAGUUGGCCAGCUUAUUAAGCUGAUUUGCACGUUUUCAUCCCCCAUUUCCCUUCCAACCACACAGGACAUGGGGGCAUAGACGAAUCCCGGGUUCCAUCAAAGGCAAAUAAAGGUCAGAGAAACUCCGCUGGUCGUUUGUUUUUUUCAACUAAUAGAAAAAUAAAAACAGGCGGGAAGGCACCAGGAACUGCCUGCGCUCGGGACAAGCGUCCACAUGGACAAAUAGCCACCUCCCCCUCACGGCACGCAGGCGCAGUACCAGCCGGGACUCGCAUUUAUCACGAGCAGAUCAUUCCGCCGGUUUCUUUGUGUAGCAGAAAACCUUGAAAUGGCGUAAUUUCCUCUCCUCGGUUAAAUAUCAGAACCGCCAUCCCCUCUCUCUCCCGCGGGGUCAGGGGUUAGAGUACGGGAAAGGCAGCUCUAGCCGGGAGGGCAGCAAAAAAGAAAAAGGGGGGAGGGGGAAGGUUAGGUUGAGCUCAGCGAGGGCAGGGAGAAGGGAGGGAUGCUGGGAGCUCGACUCACUCGCACACCAUGUGUCCCUCCGCGAGAAGCACGGGGGACUUUUCGGUGGGGAUUUUGGGCGCCGACCAGACGCGGCAUUUUCGGAAAAUAGCGCCCGGUGGUUCUGAAGCGCUUUGUUGAUAGCGGGGCCGCGUCAGCCCGGCCGGGUACCAGGUGCCUCGGGUCCCCGCAACAUCUCCCGCUGCUCCCCCGCCGCCGCUCCCGAAGCUUUUCCAGAUGUCCCUGGUAGAUUUGGGAAAGAAGCUUUUAGAAGCAGCACGAGCAGGUCAAGAUGAUGAAGUUCGAAUUUUGAUGGCAAAUGGAGCUCCUUUUACUACAGAUUGGUUGGGUACCUCUCCACUUCAUCUAGCAGCACAAUAUGGGCACUAUUCAACCACAGAAGUAUUACUCCGAGCUGGUGUAAGCCGAGAUGCCAGAACUAAAGUGGACCGAACUCCAUUACAUAUGGCAGCAUCUGAAGGCCAUGCAAGCAUUGUAGAAGUUUUACUUAAGCAUGGUGCUGAUGUCAACGCAAAAGACAUGCUAAAGAUGACAGCACUACACUGGGCUACAGAACAUAACCAUCAAGAGGUGGUAGAACUUUUAAUUAAAUAUGGUGCUGAUGUCCACACACAAAGUAAAUUUUGUAAAACUGCUUUGGACAUUUCAAUAGACAAUGGAAAUGAAGAUCUGGCAGAAAUAUUACAGAUUGCAAUGCAGAACCAAAUAAAUACAAACCCAGAGAGCCCUGAUACUGUGACGAUCCAUGCGGCAACACCACAGUUUAUCAUUGGACCUGGAGGGGUGGUGAACCUAACAGGUCUGGUAUCCUCAGAAAAUUCAUCCAAGGCAACAGAUGAAACGGGAGUGUCCGCUGUUCAGUUUGGAAACUCAUCUACAUCAGUAUUAGCUACAUUAGCUGCUUUAGCUGAAGCUUCUGCUCCAUUGUCCAAUUCUUCAGAAACCCCAGUUGUGGCUACUGAGGAGGUGGUGACCGCAGAAUCAGUAGAUGGUGCAAUCCAGCAAGUUGUUAGCUCUGGGGGUCAGCAAGUCAUCACAAUAGUUACAGAUGGAAUUCAGCUUGGUAAUUUGCACUCCAUUCCAACCAGUGGAAUAGGUCAGCCCAUCAUUGUAACUAUGCCAGAUGGACAACAAGUAUUAACAGUACCAGCAACAGACAUAGCUGAAGAAACUGUUAUAAGUGAAGAACCACCAGUCAAGAGACAAUGUAUUGAAAUUAUAGAAAAUCGGGUGGAAUCUGCAGAAAUAGAAGAGAGAGAAGCACUUCAGAAACAGCUGGAUGAAGCAAAUCGAGAAGCACAAAAAUAUCGGCAGCAACUUCUAAAGAAAGAACAGGAAGCAGAAGCCUAUAGGCAGAAAUUAGAGGCCAUGACCCGUCUCCAGACUAACAAAGAAGCAGUGUAAUUGAAAUGGACAAUAGAGUUUGAUUUUACCUUGAGUCAAGAAAAAGCAUACAGUCUUGAACUGUGUACCCCCAUCUAAGUACAGUCAUGGGAAUCCAGCAUAGAGAAAAGAGACUUACAGGUUGAUAAUUGGACUUAAGCCAUGAGCUCUUAAUUUUCUUGUAACAUAAACUAUGAAUUUAGGAGUUGUGUGAAAAGUAUUUAAAACUGAAUUCUGUAAAUAGUUGUUUGUUUGUUUUUUUUUUUUUUACAGUUCCAAAAUGAGUUGAUAAACGAUGGUUGAAGAGAUCCAGAAACAUAAUAAGCCACUGUUUUUGUGAAUUCCUUUUGAUUUUAGUAUGAAUCUUAAUUUCUCAGAAGCAGAACAGUUUUAAGGGUGAUCCUUGUUGAUUAGACCAAAUAUUUACAUAAUAAUUAUGUGGUGGACUGAUUCUGGAAUUAUUUCUAUAGAUAUCAACUAGGCCUCUACCUAAAGAGUAGAUUUCUCUAAGGAAAUCUUUGUAUAGCUUUAAGUAGUUGUCUCAGAUUAUCUGAAAACAUUUUUUUAGAAAGUGAAACUUUUAUAUUUGUUUGACUUCAGCUAUAUCUGAGUAGAUUUACCUGUAUAUGAAGCAAAUAUUUUUAAAAUUUUCAGUUUGUACAUAUUCUGCAU